GACUACUUAAUGCCUACCAAGUAGACACAGAAGCGACAGAAAAAGGGCAUCCCCAUUGCCAGACCAUCUCUUCCUCGCGGUAGCAGCUGGUGUCUUAUCCUGCAUGCAAAGCAGCGGAGAAUCAGCCAUGGGGACCGAACCGACUGAGGAGGCCAUCGCCAACUUCGUCAGCUUCACCAGCACGACGCCGGAGAUUGCGGUUCGCUUUCUCAAGGCCCAUAAUUUGGACUCGGCCAAAGCGAUCAAUGCCUACUUUGAAGAUCCGACCCCUCCAGUGCAGUACGAGGCACAAGCCUACUAUGAGAACCAGAAUGUGCCGUCCUUCAAAAUAGAGCAUACAGAUCCGGUUCAGGGCCCGAGUUAUGCAGCUC